CUACCCUUAGGCGUUGGCAUUAGCAUAUUAGCUAACACAGUGGAAGGUAAAAACUGUUAAAUUAGAGUAAAGAGGAAUUUUUAACUUAACUUGCUAAGCUAAACGAGAUUUCAAAACCAGUUCCUUCUAAGACAUCGAAUGCUGUACAUGUAUUUCACCUUAUUACAGCUGUAUAUCUAGUUUAGUGGCCAGUUGUGUUAGCCAUGUUUACAGAGCUUAAUAGUAUCCUGAACACCACUCCUGACAGCAUCACACAGGGAGAGUUCAUCUUAAUAUCAGACAGACGGAGCGAUGCCUCUUUCCUCAUACACCACUUCCUCCCGUUUUACCUACGAGCUCGCUGUAAAGUCUGUUUCCUGGGUCUGGUGCAGUCCUUCAAUCAUUACCAUGCAAUCAGUCAGAGAUUGGGUGUAAGCUUAUUACAGGCAAAAGAAAAAGGACAGCUGGUUUUCCUGGAAGGACUGACUGAGUCACUAUCUGUUUUGAGUCCUCAAGAGACCAGUGCAGGAACGCAAACCAUGGACUUCCUCAGAGACCCUGCUGUUGGCCUGAAGAGUCUCUAUGAGUUUGUCCGGUCCAGUCUGUCCGAUGGGACAGAGGAAUGGGGACCCCCAGUGCUGCUGGUGGACGACCUCAGUGUGUUACUGAGUCUUGGGGUGAGCGUUGGAGCUGUGCUAGACUUCAGCCACUACUGCAGAGCCACUGUCUGCUCAAAGCUAAAGGGCAACAUGGUGAUGCUGACACGAUGUGAUGGGGAGGAAGAGGAGGAUGAUGGGGAUGAUGAAGGCUCAGAGAGACUUCUGAAGGGUCUGACUCACCAGUGUAGCCUCACCCUGCAUGUACAAGGUCUUCCCACUGGAUACUGCAAGGACAUACACGGACAGGUGGAGGUGUGCUGGAGGAGGAGACAGUGUAAAGGACAGUACACACAAAGGAAACUCUUUCAGUAUAAGGUUCAUGAUAAAGGAGCCUCCUUUUUUGCUCCUGGGAUGUCCAGUGCUGUUCUUUAACUGGACUUUCUAACACCAUGAACUGCCUUUUGUCUCUAUUAAAUGAGACAGCUGACUCUUAUGGAUCUACACCAAAAGUGGUCAGUGAACCAGAAGAAGAUACCAGCCUUAUCCAAGUCCAGAAAUUGGAUGAUCACAUCUGUAAAAGGGCAAGUUUGGACCAGAGAUUGUCUGAAGAGGAAACACUGGGGUCCUUGCAGCUGUUAGCCUGUGUCAAACCCAUGUGUCAAUGCCUACAUUUUUGCUUUGAGUUAAAGAGACAGACAGAAUGAGCCAUUUUAUCUGAUUAUCAAGCUGGUCUAAUGAGGGCUGAGUAUAAGGCCAGACUAUUGUCUGUUCUCUAGUUAAGGGAUAUUAAUUCUGAGCUAGUGUGCUAGGUGUGCACACUGUUAAUCAUAGUUGUGUUUAUAUGCCUUAAACAGAAUGGUACCUACUCUCAAAAGUACCUUUUGUCCCAUCAGAGGAAGGGAUUAGCCAUAUAUAUCCAAUUUAGUUCAAUCUUUAUGGACUCAAGAACCAGGUAAAAAAAAAAAUUAAAAGGUGAAUCACAAUAAAAGUCAUUAUUUAUGCACAAUAGAUGAACAACUACGUUGAAAACUUAAGACUUUAAAAAUGCAUGUGUACCAAUGUCUCUGUAACAGUGACAUGUAUUAAACACAACAUAAAUAUGAACACAGUUUCAUAAUUUGAUGUACUGCUUCACAAAUAGCCCACUAUCUAAGCUUUAAAUCUAGUCUUCACUUUCACUUCUGCAAAUAAACUGUUUAAAGAAUCAGAAAAAAAACUGUGGAUAAAAGAUGUAAAUAAAGUUAU